AUGCGCAUAAGGCUACCCUUUGCAGGAGCAUUCCUGUUCCUUCUCCUACUCGCUGGUUAUGCGGGGUUGACAUCCAUCCAAGUCGACGCAGUCAUUAACGACAAAGUCCUGCACACCAUAACCUUCUUCAUCCUCACCGUCGUCUUCUAUUGGAUACUCGAUACCAGUCGUCGAAGAAACCUCAACUUUACUUUAAUAAUCUGCACCGGUAUUCUUGGAAUCGGCUCCGAAUUCCUUCAGGGUUUCUUGCCCAAUGGUAGAACCUUUGAUUUCUACGAUAUUGUCGCCAAUAUCGUAGGUUCGCUAGCUGGCGUCGCAUUGUGUAGUUGGGAUGAAGAGCAAGAUUUGGAAUUGGGAGAGGGAGUGGGAGCACAGGAGAGUGGUGUGGCCGCGGCAUCGAGGACACUAGAUGAAGAAGUGGAUAAUUGGGAUGAGAAUAUGGAAGAUGCGUGGGAUGAGGAUGAGCAAGCAGGCGUUGUGGACAGCGUCGAGGGCGAAGAGUUGAAGACGCCAAGUGCUAGUAGCACUGGUGAAGUCGAUGGAGACUCAAAGAAAAGGGCAGUUUAA